AUGCGAGCGGCGAGGAGGAGGUGCGGCGAGACGAGGUCGACAGCGAAGGCGAGUAGUGGCUUCCCUAAUUUCAAUGCUAGGGUUUGUCAUUUUGGUGCCGCACAGCUCUGCGGUGAGAUCCUGGAAGAGGAAAGCGAUGUCGCUGCUGCGAAAUUGGGAGAAAUCGAGGAGGAACCCUUGGCAUCUCCUUCCCCGGCGAGGCCCGAAAAAUUAAAACGAUCGGGUGGUUCUGGCAUGCAAAUCGAGGGAGUGAGAGGCUACAUGUCGCCGGAAUUUCAGGCCACCGGCGUGGCGACGCAGAAGUCUGACGUGUACGCGUUCAGAGUGGUCAUGCUGGAGCUUCUCUCCGGGGAGGAGCCGCUGAAGUUCAGGUACGACAAGAAGAGUGGAGAGUUCGUGAGGACAUCUGUGAUCGACGUUGCGAGGGCGGCAGGGGACGGUGGUGAGGGGGCGCUGAGGAGGUGGGUGGAUAAGAGGCUGAAAGACUCGUUCCCAAUUGAGGUUGCGAAAAGGUGCGGCAGUGAGGCUUUCCUUCCUCUUUUUUCCCUUCCCUCCCCCUCCUCCCUCCCUUAA